UCGGUAGGUUGGGUAGGCAUGUAAGGUUGUGGGAACCACCGAAAGGGUUGUUUUGUGCCUUCCUGCAGUCAAGGUUAUUGGAGCGCCGCAUGGGAGGAAAGAGGCAUCUUUUGUCAGAGGAUGUUCUCAAACUACAAGACUUUCAACAACGGAAACUUGCUGUGGCUCAUCUUGUCACUGGAUCCAAAGGAAAUUAUUUUGAAUUAUUCAAUGAGAAACUAAAGAAGAAUGAGCUGAUACUGAAAGAUGAGCUGAAGCUUCUCUUUCACCUGUGCCAGUCUGCAGAUGACAUGGGGACAGUCAGAGAUGCCAUAUAUAGGUACCACGAGGAGAACCGUAACCUAGUGUUUGGAGAAUACAGGUUUGGUCCUAUCUUUAUGAGACUCUGUUAUGAGCUGGGUCUGGAGGAAUUAGCCGCUGCCACAAUCACUGACAAGACUAUUAGAGGAUUCUUCAAUGAUUCAACUUCCUUUAACAUUGCCAUUGACAUGUUAUUCACAAAAGGGUAUUAUGAGGAGGCCCUUGGAGUGGCCAAAGAAAUGAAGACUCAAGGUGUGUCAUUCAACAAGGACACAUUCACACUGGCAUCGGGAGCAUGCUAUAAACUGAAUACUCCAGAAUCAUUAAGGAUCUGUGAAACUCUCAUAGAGGAAGGAGAGACCAAAGGGUACGCAAUCCCCAGACAUGCCUACUGUUUUGCUGUCACAUUAGCACUGAGACAGAAUAAUAUUGAAAAAGCACAGUCAUUUUAUUCGCAUAUUGUAAUCCCGGACAGCAGAGUAUGCCAAAAUUUGAAAAUUUCAGUUCUGGCAAUGUCGGGAGAUAUUUUUGAUGCCAUUUCCAUCCUGUAUGCGGCCAUAUUGCCUAAAAGUCCCGUUUUUGUGAAGAAACUUGAGUUUUCACAGGAGGUGGUGGAUCUGCUGCUGUUGCGGAGUCUGGAUGGGCCGCAUAAGGCAAGGAUUGAGCAGGUUGUAUCUGAACUCGAGCAAGCUGGUCAGGUGACCAAGCGGACUCUGGAUGAAAUGCUGUGCCGGACACCUACAGGGAAGAGGAAACCAAUAAUAAUGGAGCAGAGGAAGACCAGUAGAAGGACCCUGAGGCCCUUACAGUCAACGCUAGUCUCCGAGUGAGGGAUUUGCCCAUAAUCAAAUGUAAUCUUACCAUGUUAAACCAUGGUCUCGUAAUGGACUAAAAAGCCCAGAAAGAGUAGAUUCUGAGCUCUGUUAACUGUGGCAUCCUCAUCUACCUCUCCUUUCAGAUGAGUAAAAUAAUUCCUUUGCAUACUGGUUUCCUGUUCCCAUAUUUAAAUUUUCCUCACCCCGGUUACAUGAGGAAAAAUACCUUCACAGAGACCCUAGGCUCAUUGUGGAGAAAACGCCAUCUCUAUAGAGGGGGUAAAUCCUUGUGUGAAAUGUAAAACGAUUAUAAAUUGACACCAGCGGAGGAUAUUGCAAGAAUAUGUAGUAUAUUAAAUUGUAAAUGAACGGUUAAACGUGUUUGUAUUUAAAAGUGAAAAAUAAACGUGAAUUCCUGAUUUUGCCUUAGUCAACAGGGAUUUUGAUGA